AUGGCCAGUUUUUUGUCAUCGUCAACUUCAUCUUCAUUACCUAGCAUUGACACCAGUAACUACAACAGCAAGGAAAGGACCAAAUUCACAAAGCGCAUCUUCUCCAAUGGUUCUAUAACUGAAUUCAUGACAAAGACAACUCUGGUGACUUUGACAAAUCUACAAAGGACUGUUGACAAAAAUUACGAUCGAAUUGAUGAGAAUAUCAAUCAUCAAAAGUUGAACCAGUUGUCUAGAAAAAAUGCUGUUGAUCAUGCUAGUAUGACUCUGUGGAUGGAAUAUUUGAACAACAGGAAUUAUAUUACCCUGCACGUUGUAUAUACUCAUAACGGCAAAAAAAAAUUCAUGGAUUGGUGUAUUGAUUCUACUCGUCAAGCUUGCAAGUCUAUGACCAAAGGUGAUGACAAGUACGAAACUCUACAGUUAUUGGAUGCAACUCGUAUUAAGUUGAAUGAUAUGAUGCAUGCAGUUUCAAGUGAAAUAUUUGAUCUUUUCCAAUCGAGAUAUAAAACUGAUUUCUCUGAAUUUUAUACAUAUUUCAAGACUUAUUAUUGGAAUGCUGUAUUCCACACCAACAAGUUUACGAUAAUACUAGCAACUAAGUCAAUUCAAUUGACUCAACCUGGAUGGCCGUAUCUGGAUAUUGAUAAGAAGAAACUGUUAAACGAAAGAAUACGUCAGUUUUAG